UCCCCGGCCUGCCUGCCACUGGGAGCCAGGACCCAGAGGGGCCCACCAUGGUACUCCUGGGACCCCUGGCUGCCACCCUGUUGCCGCCCAGCCUCGCACUGCUGGUCUUCCACCUCUCCAGCUCCCAGGAUGUCACCAGCGAUCCCGGCCGUGAGCAGCAGCUGUGCGCCCUGAGGGAACACCCCACCGUGGCCUUUGCAGACCUGAAGCCCUGGGUCUCUAACUUCACCUACCCUGGAGCCCGAGACUUCUCCCAGCUCGCUCUGGAUCCCUCCAGGAACCAGCUCAUCGUGGGAGCCAGGAACUACCUCUUCAGGCUCAGCCUUGCCAAUGUCUCCCUCCUUCAGGCCACAGAGUGGGCCUCCAACGAGGACACGCGCCGCUCCUGCCAAAGCAAAGGGAAGACGGAGGAGGAGUGUCAGAACUACGUGCGCGUCCUGAUUGUCACUGGCCGGAAGGUGUUCCUGUGUGGGACCAACGCCUUCUCCCCCAUGUGCUCCAGCAGGCAGGUGGGGAACCUCAGCCGGACGAUGGAGAAGAUCAAUGGUGUGGCCCGCUGCCCCUACGACCCUCGCCACAACUCCACAGCUGUCAUCUCCUCCCAGGGGGAGCUCUACGCAGCCACAGUCAUCGACUUCUCAGGUCGGGACCCUGCCAUCUACCGGAGCCUGGGCAGUGGGCCGCCCCUUCGCACUGCUCAGUAUAACUCCAAGUGGCUCAAUGAGCCUAACUUUGUGGCAGCUUAUGAUAUUGGGCUGUUUGCGUACUUCUUCCUGCGAGAGAACGCGGUGGAGCAUGACUGUGGGCGCACCGUGUACUCGCGGGUGGCCCGCGUGUGCAAGAACGACGUGGGGGGCCGCUUCCUGCUGGAGGACACGUGGACCACGUUCAUGAAGGCCCGGCUCAACUGCUCCCGCCCGGGCGAGGUCCCCUUCUACUACAACGAGCUGCAGAGUGCCUUCCACCUGCCCGAGCAGGACCUCAUCUACGGGGUCUUCACCACCAACGUAAAUAGCAUCGCUGCUUCAGCUGUCUGCGCCUUCAACCUCAGUGCCAUCUCUCAGGCUUUCAACGGCCCGUUUCGCUACCAGGAGAACCCCAGGGCUGCCUGGCUCCCCAUCGCCAACCCCAUCCCCAAUUUCCAGUGCGGCACCCUGUCCGAGGUGGGCCCCAAUGAGAACCUGACGGAGCGCAGCCUGCAGGACGCACAGCGUCUGUUCCUGAUGAGUGAGGCGGUGCAGCCGGUGACCCCUGAGCCCUGCGUCACCCAGGACAGUGUUCGCUUCUCACACCUCGUGGUGGACCUAGUGCAAGCCAAGGACACGCUCUACCACGUGCUCUACAUCGGCACCGUCUCAGGGCCUCUGUCUGGCAGGGCAUGCCUGGGGGCCCGGGACCCGUACUGCGGCUGGGACGGGAAGCAGCAACGUUGCAGCACCCUCGAGGACAGCUCCAACAUGAGCCUCUGGACCCAGAAUAUCACAGCGUGUCCUGUGCGGAAUGUGACUCAGGAUGGGGGCUUCGGCCCGUGGUCACCCUGGCAACCAUGUGAGCACUUAGAUGGGGACAACUCAGGCUCUUGCUUGUGUCGAGCCCGAGCCUGUGAUACCCCUCAACCCCGCUGUGGGGGCCGAGACUGCCUGGGGCCAGCCAUCCACAUUGCCAACUGCUCCAGGAACGGGGCGUGGACCACGUGGUCGUCGUGGGCCCUGUGCAGCACGACCUGUGGGAUAGGAUUCCAGGUCCGCCAGCGAAGUUGCAGCAACCCUGCGCCCCGCCAUGGGGGCCGCAUCUGUGUGGGCAAGAGCCGGGAGGAGCGGUUCUGUAACGAGAACACGCCCUGCCCAGUACCCAUCUUCUGGGCAUCCUGGGGCUCCUGGAGCAAGUGUAGCAGCAACUGUGGGGGCGGCGUGCAGUCGCGGCGUCGGGCCUGCGAGAAUGGCAACUCCUGUCCCGGCUGCGGCGUGGUGAGGGCCGGGCUGGACUCAGAAUCUGAGACCUACAGGAGGGGCACAGCCCUUCGCCCAUCCCACUCUCCCCACCCGCCUUCCAGCUUUCCAGGCGCGGAGCGAGGGGGAGGGGGAGGAGAGGGGGCGUGGCCUGGGGGGCGAGGCUGGGAGCCGGGGCGGAGCUCUGGGUGGCUCGGUUCGGUUUGGAAGAAGCCCCUGUUGCUGAAGCCAGUCCCUCCACCCUCAGCCCUGGUGGAGGAUCUUCUGCGCAGCGGGGGCACCUCCCAGCACGUGGUGAGCGGGGGCUGGGCCUCCUGGGGCCCCUGGUCGUCCUGCUCCCGGGACUGCGAGCUGGGCUUCCACAUCCGCAAGAGGACCUGCACGAACCCCGAGCCUCGCAACGGGGGCCUGCCCUGCGUGGGGGACGCCACCGAGUACCAGGACUGCAACCCCCAGGCUUGUCCAGUGCGGGGCGCCUGGUCCUGCUGGACCUCCUGGUCCCCAUGCUCAGCCUCCUGCGGUGGUGGACACUAUCAACGCACACGGUCCUGCACCAGCCCCGCGCCCUCCCCAGGCGAGGACAUCUGCCUGGGGCUGCACACGGAGGAGGCACUGUGUGCCACGCAGGCCUGCCCAGAAGGCUGGUCACUGUGGUCCGAGUGGAGCGCAUGCACCGAGGAUGGAGUCCAAGCCCGCAGUCGGCACUGUGAGGACCUGGUCCCAGGGCCCAGCACCUGUGCUGGCAACAGCAGCCAGAGCCGCCCCUGCCCUUACAGCGAGAUUCCCGUGAUCCUGCCCGCCUCCAGUGUGGAGGAGGCCACCGGCUGUGAAGGGUUCAGUCUCAUCCACCUGGUAGCCACGGGCGUCUCCUGCUUCCUGGGCUCUGGGCUGCUGACCUUGGCCGUGUACCUGUCCUGCCAGCACUGCCAGCGCCAGUCCCAGGAGUCCACACUCGUCCAUCCUGCCACACCAAACCACCUGCACUACAAGGGUGGGGGCACCCCUAAGAAUGAGAAGUAUACACCUAUGGAGUUCAAGACCCUGAACAAGAAUAACCUGAUUCCUGAUGACAAAGCCAGCUUCUACCCAUUGCAGCAGACCAAUGUGUACACAACUACCUACUACCCCAGCCCACUGAUCAAACACAGCUUCCGGCCCGAGGCCUCACCUGGACAACGGUGCUUCCCCAACAGCUGAUCCCACUGUCCUGGGAACUUGGGCUCCUUGCCUUCCUAAGGCACAGAGCAGGUGGAGAUGAGACUGUGGAGCCAGCUUGGUUUUCUCCUUCUGCACCAGGCCAAGAACUUGCUGCCUUGCCCUGUGGGGGUCCCAUCCGGCUUCAGAGAGCUCUGGCUCGCAGUGACCAUGGGAGAGAGGGCUGGCUUCAGGCUGGCACGUGGCUGCAGUUCCAUCCAGCUCAGCCCAGGUCUCUCAUGGCCGCCUUUCGACUCACCAUCAUGCUAACCUCCCCUGCCAUGUCUGGGUUGUGGACCUAGUGGGCAUGUAAGGAAUUGGAGAAUAGAGAUGGCAGGAGGGCAGGCUCUUAGGUUUGGGUUGGAAAUGACAGCCGUGUAGCCAUCAUGGGCUGAGUCUGUCCCUCUCUGGCUGGCCCCAGAAAGGGCCGGGGCUACAACCUGAUUAUCUCUGAAAGGAAUUAAUCCAAUGGCCUCAGAAGCUCUGGAUUUUCUGCUCAGGGCUGGGCCAUUGUGGUGCUGCCACAGUAUGACAGAGGGACCAUGGCUGGCCCAGGUUGUCCACCUGUGCCUAGCAGUGUGUACUUUGCCCAGGCUCAUACCUCUGGUCAGAGGCAGUGAGGACUGAGGACUGAAGACUCAUAUUUGCUGAGAAGCCCUUUAAUCUGGGCUGGCCCAGACCUCAGCCUUGUCCUCCGAAUGCACGGGAGGUGGCCCAGGAGGAAAGGAGGCAUGAGCCCAGCCUCCGUGCCGCUAUGGAGACUGUCUUCCAGUCGCUGCUCAAAAGAGCUGUUGGCUGAGACCUGCUUGGGAGCUUCUGGCCCCUCAUCUGUUCAGGAACACACACACACACACACAUACACACACACGAUCACAACCUGCUACAGCAACAAAAAGGAUGCUGGGCUGUGGCAUUAUUAUUAAAGAUGAUAUCCAGUCUCCAAAUGGA